UGGUUCCGUUGGUGUUUCUGGUUUGCCGCACGUCAAGUCAAUCGUUAUCUCUCUCCUAACCUUUUCGCGCGAUAUCGUCGCGAUAAACCGCGAGAGAGAUACCUACCACGAGAAACGUUAUUUCGUUGACAAGUGUAUCGUGUGAAAAAAUAACUUUGUAUAAAAACUCAUUGUUUUUUCAUUGACAAAUCGAAUAUAAAAGAGGGAUAAAGUAACGAAAAAAAAAAGAGUAAAAAUUGUUAUACAUAGACGACACGCAUACUUACACAAUGUGGCACGAUAAAUUACGAUCGUAGCCCAGGCUUAUAACGAGGAGAGAUCCGAAAAGUGUUUGAGAGAAGAGAGUUGACGGUGCCGCCCAAUAAUAAUGGAGCUGCUGUUAUCCGUGCUCUCGUGAUUCUCUUGGGCACGGAUCUCUUUCUCUCUCUCUCUUUCUUUCUCUUUUAUAAAUUUGUAUAUCUUCGUCCAGUGGAACGUCAUUUUUUUUUACAAUUAAACGUGUCGUUUGACACUCGACACACACGCGCGCACACACAAGUCCGUUUUCGCGUUCUCCCCCUCCAAUCUUCUUCAUUCAUAAUCCUUAUUCUUUCAUUUUUUCGCGAGUGUUGGUGUGCUUUCGUAAUUUUUUAUCAGUUGUUUUUUUUCUUCCCUCUCUAUCUCUCUUCGUCGUUCUUAUAAAAGAAGCAAAAAAGUCAAGCUACAACGUGCGGUUUCGUUCGUGUCACGCUCAGCUGGCUUUACCGAUUUCCCGGUAUUAUUUACCAAUAUUCGAACAUGGCAUCUUCACAUUUGGGUAUACAAAUCGGCUCUGCCUGGCUACAAAGAAAAAUCAAUCUCAGACCCCAACGUCGUGGGGUUCACCUUGUCACCGAAGAAAUACUUGGACAAAUACCCGAACUCUGUCAAUUCUCCGUUGGUCUAUGUCAUCUACAAAUUCUACACACGUCAGCCAGUUUGGCGCUGAAUGAAAGUUGGGAUCCAGACGUCAGAGAUGACAUGGAAAUGAUGCUCAAUAAAAUAAUACCUGAGGAUAUACCAUACAGACACAGUUGUGAAGGACCCGAUGAUAUGCCGGCUCACGUAAAAGCCUGUUUUCUUGGUUCUUCCAUGAGCAUUGCAAUAACAGAUGGUAAAUUGGCGCUUGGAACGUGGCAGGGAGUAUGGUUUUGCGAACAUCGAAAUAACGCUGGUAGCCGAAAGUUGGUGAUAACGUUGACCGGCUGUUUGAGAGAUUCGGCGCGUAGUCCUCUUAGUCCUGUGAGUCCUAUAGCAUCGACCAGCAGCUAGGACCACUCUCACCCCCGAAGACGCGGCAAACGUCAGCUGCGUUUAUCAACUUCUAGCUUUUCGAGCUAGCAGCCGCCUAAGCAGACACACAUUAGCCGAAAAACCUAAGAGUUUAAGAAAGAAAGACGGGCAGAGCGGAAACGGAACCGAAAAGAUCGAGAAAUAAACAUUUUCACUUUUCGAGAUCGAAGCAAAAAACCUGUUGACAAGAAAAGAGCGUCGGGAUAAUUCUGGUUAGAAUAAAUCGAGCAACAUAACUGCAGAAUUAUGUCGAAUGCGGAAAGAUGGGAGUGAGAGAAACUACGAAAACAGAGCUGAAGAUAUGAAGAUUAAGCCAGGAAACAAUGCCGAAACGUUCAAAUCUUGAUAAUUAGGUGUUUUGAAGCUGUAAAUGUUUGUGGAAAUUAUGGCUGGUUCAGUGAAAAAAAUAGAAUAUAUAAAUGAGUGGGACGAGGAGCAAAGGGUAGGAGAAGAAAAAGAGAGAGAGCGAAAGAGACAAAUGAGGGCAUUUAUUAAGAGAGAUAAAUUUGAAGGAUGGAUAGGUCACGCGAUUCUUUGAUAUACAUAUCCAUUUUUUACUUUUUCUGCUUGCCUCGAAUCAUUGAUGAAAUUAUUUUCGAAGAAGGAAAUUGAUAACUAAAAAAAAAAAGAAGAAAAGAGAGAAAACAUUAUAAUCACGAAUACGAUCGUCUAGUCGUCGUGUAUAUUCUUUUAUGUACACCGCGAUAAUCCAGAGUCAAGAGAACAUAAUACAAAAAAAAUGCUAAGUCCCUCGACGUAGCUAGACAGGCAAAAGAAGCAAAAAGUAAGGCUUUUCCGUCAUAUUUAAUACAAAACAUUCCUUAGGUAACGAGCUGAUGAAUUUUGGUAUUAAAUCGAGCGAGUGUUGAGAGGUAAAAAUUGCGAUGCAACGUAAUUUGAUAUAAAAUAGAGACUUAUCUCGUGAAAUAAAAGUUGUAACGCAAUAGUUUUCAAGUUGGAAUAAUUUGAUAUCCGGAAAGCAAAGAAAAAUGCAAAAAUCCACGAUACUAUCCAGCGCACUCUUUCUCAGUAGAAAAAAAAGAAAUCAAAAACCAAAAAAAGCAUGUAUCGAAGAGAAAAAAGCAAGAUGAGGAAUAAACGAAGACUAUCGCAUCCUGAUAAAACGCGUCCAAAACACCGAAUUUAAUUAUGAUAGCUUUAUUUGAGAAAUCCUUGCGAGAAAAUGAAAAAUUACAAAAAAAAAAUAGCGAAUAAUGAUAACGAGGCAGAGGAGGAUAUUAUUGGGCGAAGAGAGUGAAAGGGACGAAUUAAAAUCACAGAAAAGAACAGAAAUUCGGAUAGAGUGGCUCGGCUAAAAACUUAAGUGAAAGGAAAGUGAAUAGAAAAGCGAAACGAAGGCGAGAAUUGUGUAUCCUACUUUUGUACAUUAUAAUGACGAUGGGCUCGAAUAUCAUUGUUCAAAGCUCAUCGGGUACACCGAAAAAUGAAAAAAAAAAACAUAAAAAAUAAAAAAGGAGAUACUAAAUAAGAAAAAUACGACACGACGCAUUCAGAAUCACUGCUUGUUAUAGGCUAGUCGUUUUCAAUGACGUUUCCAUUUGCAUCGGGGGUGUAUAUAGAGUAUACAUACGUAAGAAAUAUUUGAAAACAAAUCGAAGAAAAAAACCACUACGUUAUAGACAUAUAUACAUAAAUGAACAAUGAAAA